AUGGCAUCUAUCAAUUUCUCCACUUUCAGCAAUAUCAUCAACGGGGAGACGCGCUCCAGUGCCCAAAUCAGCCACGGAAUCGACCCAUCUACCAAGAAACCACUCUGGGAUGUUCCCGUUGCGACUGCAGAUGAUGUGAACGAAGCAGUUGCUGCUGCGAAGAAAGCGUAUCCGGCUUGGUCGCGGACGCCAUGGAGUGAGAGGGCAAAACUUCUCUCGCGGGCUAAGGAGGCCCUGCUGGCGAGAAAGGAUGAGAUGGCGCAUUUGAUUAUGCAGGAGGGUGGUAAACCGGUACGAUCGAACCUAGAAGCUGAGGAGAUUCAAUUCGGAGCCCUGGAGGUGGACCAUGCGGUGGGAUUUUUGGACUUUCAUUCGAACCAUCCCGAACUGGAAGCCAAAGUCACUCAUGAGGAUGAUGAACUGAGACUGACUCUUCGCUACGUCCCAAUUGGCGUCGUAGCUGCAAUCUGUCCCUGGAACUAUCCGCUGGUCCUUGCCAUGGGGAAGAUUGGCGCUGCUCUAAUCACAGGAAACUGUGUCAUCACGAAACCUUCUCCAUUUACCCCCUACAGCAUCUUGAAAUUCACCGAGAUGGUGAAAGACAUUUUCCCUCCGGGUGUCAUCCAGGUUCUGAAUGGUGAUGAUAAAAUGGGGCCGCUACUGUGCGACCAUCCCGAUGUUGAUAAAAUCAGCUUUACUGGAUCUAUCUCAACGGGGAAGAAGAUCAUGGCCUCAGCAGCGAAGACCCUCAAGCGCGUUACGCUGGAACUCGGUGGGAAUAAUGCCAGUAUCAUCUGUCCGGAUGUGGAUGUUCCUUACGUCGCUUCGCAAGUGGCUCUAGGCUCGUUCUUCAAUUCCGGACAAAUUUGCGUCGCUAGUAAGCGACUCUAUGUGCACGAGGACAUCUAUCAGGAAUUCCUGAAAGCGCUGACUGACGUGGUCAAGUCAUGGAAGGUCAGUUCGUCUGCACCGGAUUCAGGCAACAUGCUAGGACCGGUGCAGAAUGAGAUGCAGUAUAAUAUUGUCAAGCAGUUUUUCUUGGAUGCCCAUAACAAUGGGUACAGAUUUGCUCUUGGAAGUGCGGAUAUAAAGGACGAGGAUGGCUUUGUUAUCAACCCUGCUAUUAUUGACAGACCGCCUGACGACUCGAAGAUUGUGAAGGAGGAGCCGUUCGGCCCCAUUGUUCCCGUCCUAUCCUGGAAGACCGAAGAAGAGGCCAUUCGACGCGCAAACGACACCAACACUGGACUUGGAGGUGCAGUGUGGUCUAGCGAUCUCGACCGCGCCCACCGGAUAGCCGACCAGAUCGAGGCUGGUGCUAUCUGGAUUAAUUCGUUCGAGAAGCCCCAUCCGCUUGGUUACCUUGCCGGCCACAAGGAGAGUGGCAUUGGUGGAGAAUGGGGAACCGCUGGAUUGAUUUCCUACUGUAACACGAAAGUGAUUCACUAUUACAAGAAUUCCGUGGCGCCAGGAAAGGCAGGUAAAUAA